GCAGGCACCGGACCCCUCACCAGCCCCACGCAGCCACCGCGACCUCCAGCUCGUCCCACCAUCUCUCCCGACGCUGCGGAGCCGCAUCUGGCACCUAACACCACCCCGGCCGCGCUGGAGCCCGCUCCCGCCCUGGCCCGGCCGCGCCGGGAGCCCGGCCCCGAGCUGGAGCCGCAUCUGGAGCCGCGGGCCCGGGGCCCUGAGCCACGCAGCCGGCGCAUGGUCAACUCGCUGCUGUUCGGGGAGAUGGCCUUGGCCUUCGGCUGCCCGCCGGGGGGCGGCGGCUGCGCAGGCGGCGGCGGUGGUGGCGGAGCCGGGCCGGGGCCCUCGCCAGUAACGGCGGCGCUGCGGGACGAUCUGGGUUCCAACAUCCACCUCCUCAAGGGGCUCAACGUGCGUUUCCGCUGCUUCUUGGCCAAGGUGCACGAGCUGGAGCGGCGCAACCGGCUCCUGGAGAAACAGCUGGAGCAGCAGCAGAGCGAGCGCGAUCGGCGGCUGCGCUACAAGACCUUCUCCCGGGAGCAGGCCGUGCAGACCGGGCCGGACCUGAUGCGGCCGCCGGCUGCGGGCGGCGGGCAGGCCCUCGCCGCGGCCACCGGCGUCAAUGCCAACGCGGUGGCCCUAGGCGGCCUGCCUCCCGGCGGCGGCUCGCACCCGCAGCACUACGGUCGCCUGCCCGGGACCAUCUGGAGCUACACGCAGGUGCGGCGCACGGGAGGCGGCGGCGUGGAGACGGUGCAGGGCCCCGGCGUGUCGUGGGUGCACCCGGACGGCGUAGGCGUGCAGAUUGACACCAUCACGCCAGAGAUCCGCGCUCUCUACAACGUGCUGGCCAAGGUGAAGCGCGAGCGUGACGAGUACAAACGGAGAUGGGAGGAAGAACUGGCCAAGAGUAUGAACCUUCAGACCAUGGUGGACACGCUGCAGGAGGCAGCGCAAGAAGCCGAGGCCAUCCAGGAGGAGAUGAACGAGAAGAUUGAACGGCUCAAGGCCGAGCUGGUGGUGUUCAAAGGGCUUAUGAGUGACCCCAUGACAGACCUGGACACAAAGAUCCAAGAAAAGGCUAUGAAGGUGGACAUGGACAUCUGCCGCCGAAUCGAUAUCACGGCUAAGCUGUGCGAUGUCGCGCAGCAGCGGAACUCGGAAGACGUGUCCAAGAUCUUCCAGGUGGUCCCUAAGAAGAAAGAUCGUAAGGUGGCUUCGGAUGACGACAUCUCCGAGCAGGACGGGGAGGUGAACCGGUUCUCAGAUGAGGAGGUUGGCUCCAUGAACAUCACUGAUGAGAUGAAGCGCAUGUUUAACCAGCUGCGGGAGACCUUUGACUUUGAUGACGACUGUGACAGCCUGACAUGGGAAGAGAAUGAAGACACACUGCUGCUAUGGGAGGACUUUACCAACUGUAACCCAACCAUUGACCUGCAGGGCGAGCAAGAAGAAAACUUGGGCAACUUGAUCCAUGAGACCGAGUCCUUCUUCAAGACGAGAGACAAGGAGUACCAGGAGACGAUUGGCCAGAUCGAGCUGGAGCUGGCCACAGCCAAGAGCGACAUGAACCGACACCUUCAUGAGUAUAUGGAGAUGUGCAGUAUGAAGCGAGGCCUGGAUGUGCAGAUGGAGACCUGCCGCCGGCUCAUCAAAGGCUCUGCAGACAGGAAUUCACCAUCCCCCAGUUCUGUGGCCAGCAGUGACUCAGCAAGUACAGACGAGAUCCAGGACGACCUGGAGCGGGAGGCGGAUGUGGAGCCCAUGGUCAGCUGAUGACGGAGGCCGAGGCCCGACGCUCCUGGUGGUCUUGGUGAUGAGGGCCCAGCCUCUUCUCCCCACUGAGCCAUGAGGGCUCCUCGACUUGGGCUCCAGUCCUCGACACACAGACUUCUGUCCUCCCUUUUCCGGAGGCCCAGCGGGACCGCUGCUUCCUUCCUUCCUCCACCACCCACCCACGGAAUGGUGCUGUCGAUUUUUCUAUUGUCCCACACACACACCACAAACGCAGACUUCUGUGCGUCGAUGCAGUGCAACUGUGCCUUCUCCCUUAAGCUGAGCCACUUUGAGCUCCAAAGAAUUCUUCCUAGCAGGUGUUUUUUAUACAAAACUCUAAGGUGAGGGUGGGGCCUGGGGCGUGGUAUCUUUUGGUUUUCUCCCUCCCACCUGCUCCUCUGAUUGGACAAGAGCUUUGCUCCCUCCCUCUGUCCCAAGAUGACUUGCGGGGGUCUGCCUUCCCGAGGAAGGAGACUAUUUUACUUCCAGAUCUGAGUGAGGCGUCGUCCUCGAUACGUUCUCACCCAGUAAUAGAGUGGUGGAUGGAAGCGGAGGGAGGGAAGACCAAUUUUUUCCCCUUUCUUUUGGAUCUAGUGGCGAUGUAUCGGGGAAAGGCACUGUGGGGGAAGGAAGAGCCUCACUGUGUUUAAACUAUGCAAAAAACAAAAAAACAAAAACUAAAAGCAGCUUGCCUUAUAUCAUUAGGGAAGGCAGGCCCUCUCUCAGACUUCUGGGAACCGGGAGGGAGGCCAAGGUUAGCAAGAGACCCUCACAGCCUCUGAGGGUGAGCGGUGGAUCUGGGGGUGAUCCCAGUCAGAUCGCUAGUGAGGCUGGCCUGCAUUCUGCAAGUGGGCCCACUGGACUGUUGGCUUUCUUGGGGACCUCUGUGGGGUGGGGUGGGAGGGGUGGUGGUCUUUUAUUCUCCUGAUGACUUGAUGUUCUUUCCCGCUCCUCCAGUCACCUGCCAGGUUCCACGGUUGUAAUUUCUCUGUGAGAAAGUAUGAACGGGCCAGGCCUGGUACCUACUCUGUCCUCCACGGCACCGUCUUGGUCCUCUUGUCCCUCUGGUCCCUCUGGCUGGGGAAAGAAAAGCCUUGUGAGGGAAGGGGGGCAGGUGGCGAGGCUGCUGGCAGGCUGGCGGAGAGAAACCUCAAGUGAGGUCCGUCCUCAUUCCUACGUGCUUUCCGUACCCAUUUGGCUGGACGCUGAGCCAGUGACUCCCCAAGGCUCCACGGGGCCUGAGUUAAGGGGCCAUGAGAUAGAGCAUCCGUCUAGUCUCAGCUGGGGACUCGCCUAGCAACGAUCAGGUUUUGUUUUUAUUUCUUUCCUUAUUUCUGUGUCCACUCUAGUGGUUUUGAUAUCCUAUGUUGUUUUUAUUGACCCAGCGUCUCCCCCUGGAGGUCAAAGGAACAACAUGUCCCCAGGGCUCAGAACCCAUGGCCUGCUGAGGCCUGUGUGGUAAAGGGCAGAGGACUCUGGAGCAGGUAGUGGUACCUGAUCCUCCUCUGCAUCCUUCUGCUUCUCUCUCAGUGGUCCUAUCAUCUGUUUUGCAUCUAGAACCAGUGUACAUAGUAGGCUUAUGUGUGCACAGAGAGGAGAGAGAAUGUGUUUGUUGGUGACUAAUUUAUCAGAAUUUGGUGGCCUUUCUCAAGUCUGUUUUCCAUGGUGUGGGGAGGGGUUUCCUACUGGUCCCCGUGAGGACCAGUUUGUCCCUGUCUGCAAGAAUUCAUGUAUCAUCUCUUGAUGGGCAAAUAGUCCCUUCUGGCAGGUACUUGGAGGGACAAUGGUUUGUGAAGAGACACAGCCCCUGUUCUCACCACCCCCUCCCCUUUCUCACCAACUCUUCUUUUAAAGGUUACAGGGUUCACACGCUUCUGGAUAUUAUUAUUGUGUGUUAUUGAUAAUAUUGUUUUGUUUUUUAUUUUAACCAAAGGGUAUCAGAGCCAGAUGGGCCUGGACCUUAGCUGCUGUAAAGAUUUCCGUUUCUAUGAGGGCAGACAGAUGGUUGCCUUCAUGGGUUUCCUCAGCUGAGGCUGGGGAAGAUGUCCAUCCAGUGGUAAAGCGUUAGAGCCUCGGAGUCGGGCAGGCAGAAUAGAAGCCGGCCCUGUGUCGUUCGUCAAGGUGGUGGUGGGCUGACACAUAUCUCUAGAGUUAAGACAGUAAGCAACAGUAUAAACAUUUGGGGUGAUGGGUGUUACUGUGUAAGUCGCUGUUCUGUGUUGUUAUUUUACUUUCCCAACUGUAUACAUAGGCCGUUUGUCUGGUGUGUAUGAGAAAGGCAGGCUCCUGUGGGCUCCCUCCUGCUGACUUUCAAAGUCUGCUUUCCCCUGGGGGGUGAGGCUCUGUGGCAGGAGGAUGAGUGGAGAGGAGCAAAGGUGUGGUAGGCAUGUGUCCUGGCUAGGUCUGGGCUCUGGGCCUGGCCUCCUCUUUGUGUUUGUUUGGUUGGUUUGUUCGUUUCUUAGUUUGUUGCCAGUGGGUCCUCUCUGUGCCCUCAUUGUGAGCCCACAGCUUGCCCAGAAAGACCCCACCGCUCACUGGGGGAGCACCUGCCCAGUCUGGACGAACUUGUCCGUCCUUGUAAUAAACAUGUGUAUACUUCCUCUUGACUUUUCUAUUUCUGAGCCCAGUGUCAUAUUGACACUGGUGGCUCAGGGCUUCUCAGAUGGGCUCCCUGUGUUGCCCCUGGUCAUGCUCCUAGUUUGGGGAGGGUCACAUACAGAGGCAGAGCAGGGAGACAGCAUCCGUUCAGGUCCCUGGUUGGUCAUGAAACACACACACGCACACACACACUCUACUAAGACUCCAAAGGAGAAAGAUAGGGAAGAGGUUUUGUCUCCCUGUGGCAGUAUAUCUGGAAGGCAUAUCCACUUUGGACUCUGUUCUGGGGGUAGAACUCAGAUGUCCUAUGGAGAGUCGAACCACUUUGACUUUAGGGUGGGAGGAGAGGGGAUGGGUUAAGGGAUAAGAUAGGGUGUAACUUAAGCUAAAUGUAUUCUAUUUAUAAACCAAGAGACUGUAUUUUUAUGAAAGGAAAAGGUUUUUAAUCUAGGGUAGGCAGUCAUGGUGGCCCAGCAUUUGUUUGGCUGUGGCUGAGAUACCACCAUGCUCGUUGACUCCGGUGUACAAUCAUCAGUGAUCUCUCUCCUCAGCUCACCCUUUAGCAUCACUGAACGUCCGCACAUAGCUGGGGUGGGAGUGUGGUUUCCUCUUCCCCGUCCCUCAGCUCCUUGGAAGUCUUGGAAGGGAAGUGGGGUGCGGAGGGCGGGUGGACCACAGAAAACUGAGGUAGGGGAGAGGUGCUUCAGAAGUCGGUUCUCAUCAGUCACUCCAUCUCCCUCUGGCAAGACUGGCUCCCAUUCAGCUGUGGGGAGAGUAGGAGGGAAGUUGUGGGGUUGGGGAACACAGGACUUCUUAGGAGCUUAGGGACUUAUUAUGUCUGAGGUCAGGUAGCUGGAGCAGGCACAGAAGGGACCCAGGAUGCUCAGGGCUCAGCCCUGUCUGUGGCUACUCCAGGCCAAGGUCGAGCUUGGUUUUGGAUGAAGGACCAGGACACUGGAGGGAAAGUUUCCUCAGACCUGGGUCCUCCCUCUGGGACUGACCUAGCGGGAGGAGUGGGGAGGGGUCUGGGCAAAGCCAUCCACUCUCUCUGGGAGGGGAUUUCCAGGCUCAGUGUGGGCUGUGUGAGUCUCAGGCAAACUCCUCACCUUUCCAGUUCCUUCCCAAGCUCUCGAAGAGAUGUGGUGAAUUCCCCACCAUGACAUGACCCCUUUCCACACACUGUAGCAUCUACCUGGUUUUUAGUCCCACCCUACCCACCGUUGCUGUGUCUGUCAGCUGGGUCUGAAAAUCACCGGGAGGGGUUUGUACUCAUCAAAGACUACUGACCCUACCAGAAAACCAACCUGUUUACUGUACUGUUGUAAAUACUGUACCCUUUAUAUCCUGUAUAUUGGCUUCUUUGGAAUAAAGUAAAAUAUCUUCGAACA